UCUUGCUAGAAUAGUAAUGGCUAUUGCUUUAGAGGCUAAAAUUGAGUUUAAACAAUUAUGCGAUACGUUGGAAGACGUUGCCAAGACACAUGAUGUAAAAAAGAAAGAACAAAUUUUGCAAGCGUUUAUCGACACGUGUCGAAAUGUUGGCGAUAAACUGAAAAUAGAAUAUUCUGAAUCGGAUGUGUCACUCUAUCCUAUCUUAAGAUUGAUACUACCCAAUCUUGAACGACAGCGUGGACCGCAUAAUUUGAAGCAAGUUUCGUUAGCAAAUCUUUACGCUCACGUAUACGGUUUCGCAAAAAAUAGUGACAGUUAUAAAAAGUUGGCAAAUUAUCGAGAUUUACUCUCGUCGGACAAAUUUAUAGGAAAUGAUUUCGCUGAUCGAGCUUACUACGUGUUGAAUAAAAAAUUACCUCGAAUCAAUACUGGAUUCACGAUCGCACGGAUUAACGAAUUCCUUGAUAGUAUCUCCGGGAGAAACACGAGGCAGCAAAAAGUUGAAAUGUUUCGAGUACUUUUCCGACAAAUUACAGGAUUUGAGAUGAAGUGGAUGACGCGUAUCAUUCUUAAAGAUUUACGACUUAGUAUAGGAACGCAAAGAAUACUGCACAUCUAUCAUCCCGACGCGAAUGAUAAAUUUCUUGUGACGAAUGAUCUGCGCGAGAUUUGUAAUCAAUUACGUAAUCCUAAGAUCAAAUUAAAAGAACACAGCAUACAAAUAUUUUCACAUUUUAAGCCGAUGCUCUUAGAGAGAUGUAAUAUCGAAAAUAUCGACAAAUUAUUUCGGAACAAUGAUUUGUACUAUGUUCAAACUAAAUACGAUGGCGAGAGGUCGCAACUUCAUAUGAAGAAUGGAAAAUUUAAAUAUUUGACACGUAGAGGAUACGACAUCACAAACAAGUAUGGAUACGGAGAAACUGGAUCUUUGGGUUUUUUAACUGCGGUAUUUACGCGGUGUUUGAAUCCGAAUUGUCAUUCUUUAAUAUUGGAUGGAGAAUUAAUGGCUUGGCAUAAAGAGAAAAGAAUAUUUAGUACAAAAGGUAUGAAUCUCGAUGUCAAAAAUUUAUCGGCGAGCAGUCGACAUCAACCGUGUUUCGUUGCGUUUGAUGUGAUUCUGCAUAAUGAUAUCUUGCUCGUUGAUACACCUUAUAAAGACAGAUUAAAGCUUCUCAACGAUAUAUUCAUCGAAGAGGAAGGUUCUCUAACUGUAUGUCAAUCUACUUUAAUUUCAAACAGGGAAGAAUUGAUAAAGGAAUUCAAUAUAUGCCUCCGUAAUAAUGAGGAAGGACUUGUUAUAAAGAAAUGUAAUAUGAAAUAUAAACCAAACAUUCGAGAUGGCAACAGUUGUUAUAAGAUUAAAGCAGAGUACUCUGACAAUUUAGUACAAGAUAUAGAUCUCGUCAUACUUGGUGGUUAUUACGGAGAGGGCAAAUAUACAGGAAUAAUUAAAAGCUUUAUGAUGGGUGUUGUCGCACCAGCGAACAAAGAAAAAGAAAAUCCAUCUCAAUUUUUCUCCAUCGUAUCUGUAAGCACUGGAAUAGGAGAUGAAAUGUUACGUCAUCUUCAAACAAAACUUGCGCCAUAUUGGAUCAAGGAACGUCCUGAAAAUAUUGUAGGUCCCAAGAGAAAUCAGCCAGAUAUGUGGAUUCAUCCAGAACAUUCUAUAAUUUUAACGAUACGAGCGACUGAGAUGGUACGUAAUAAUGAAUAUCCAAUUGGAUACAGUCUACGAUUUCCUAGAGUUACGAAUGUAAGGAUGGAUAAGCCCUGGUACAGUCCAUGCACUACUCUCGAACUUCUAUCGUUGACCAAAGAUGAGGGAAUGAUUCAAAAGUUAACCAAGCGGGAAGCUACUCUGCAUGAUCUCGACCGAGUACCAGUCUCUAAAUUACAAAAGAUAGCAAGUCGAAGGAAAUCAAUUGAACAUAACGUGUAUAAUAAGCACAUAGUACCACUCACGCGACUAUUGGAUGGGAAAGAAAUUUGCGUGAUUAAUGGUACCGAUGAAUUAUCGAAAGAGCAAAUUGAAGAAAUACUGCAACAACAUAGCGCAAGAAUUGUUCAGAAUCCAAUUAAUACGACUUUUUGCGUGAUAGUAGGCAAUAAUAGAACGAUACGAGGGAAAGAAGUAGUAAACAGUGGAAAAUACGAUGUUGUAACUUUAGAUUGGGUUGAACGUGUCACAAAUAUCAAUCGGUCCGACUGGACUUCAUUAAUUGAUUUUUUACCAUGGGAACUAUUAUGCAGCCGAGACAUUACUAGACGCCAAAUUACGGAAAAUUAUGAUGAAUAUUAUGAUAGUUUUGUUGUUGACGCAGAUGAAGAGAGUUUAAAGCGUUCAUUCGGCAAGAUUGCGAAACCGAUUAUUUUUGAGCUUAUGGACAAUCCGUUUAUCAAUGAACAAGAAAAAGAAAUGAACAAAGAAUUGUUCGGGAGUACAAUUAAAGACAAUAUCGAUAGUUCCGUUACGCAUGUCUUUGUAGAAGAUAACGAGACGAGCGCUAUUAUGAGAGAUAUGAAAGCCUAUAAGCAAAUAUCUACAAAAAUCGUUAAAUGUAAAUGGAUCGGGGAAUGUUUCCGAAAUGGCCGAAUAUGUGAAAUUACAAAUUACCUAAUCACUCAAAAAACGAGAAUAAAUUGA